AUGAGUCCCGCCAUCAGCAUUGCACUUCUCCUGCUCUCCGCAACUGUUGUCAAGUCGUGGACAUCUCUGGAGGUCAAAACUGAAGGGGAUGAUUUUCCACCUCAGUUAAAACAUGAUGUGAGGGAGGGAGCAGACCACCAAACAGAGGAGAAUAGAGUUUUCCCGGGUUCCUGUACUGCCUGUAAGUUCAUUGUGUCCAAAGUAAAGAAGCAUCUGGGCAGCGAUCAUUCAAAGAACAAAAUCAAAGAGCUGCUGAACAGGGCCUGCAAUGGAGUGAAAAGAAUCCUCAGAUCUGCCUGCAAGUCGAUCGUCAACAAGUUCCAACAAAAACUGAUCAACGCCUUAACAAAGCUCAAGAGUCAACGGGAAAUUUGUGUUUAUCUGAAACUCUGCAAGAAGAAUAAACCUUUAUAGAUAUAACAUAUAAUGCAUUUACAUCAAGUGUACCAACAAUGUUUCUGACUGUUUCUGAGUGCAUAUUGUUUUUGCCUUUGUAAUAAAGCUUUUCUGAAGUGGUUGUAUUUCCAUGUG